UGUUCGUUUGCAGGUCGCUAGCGUCAGCGACCAGUUCCAGCGUUUAAACGUUGUUCGUUUGGUGGUCGCUGGUUCUGCGACCGAUCGCUGCGACCAGACGCUAGCGUUCGGCGUUCAAAAAUUUCGAUCGCUGGAAAUUUCAGCGUUGCGAUAGAGACCAGCGAUCAAAAAAAAAAAUAGUGUAAAAAGACAAAAAUAUCCUCGGUUUAUUUUCAAAAUCACAAAGUCAUACCCUUAACCCUAAAACUCUCUUGCCCCUCUCAGCUCUCUCACGCCUCCUCUCUCACGAUCUCUCUUCACCAUCUCUCUCUCUCUCUCUCUCUCUCUCUCUCUCUACGAUCUCUCUUCACCAUCUCUCACAAUCUCUCUUCACCAUCUCUCACGGCCUCCUCUCUCACGAUCUCUCUUCACCAUCUCUCACGGCCUCCUCUCUCACGAUCUCUCUUCACCAUCUCUCUCUCUCUCUUCACGAUCUCUCUUCACGAUCUCUCACGAUCUCUCUCUGAUUCUGAUUCGGACACAGGUUUCAACAUAAAUCACAACUAUACAAGGCAAGAAGAUCAACGCAUUGCGGAAUGGCAAGGUGCAAGAAAGUAUAAGAUCAAAGUGCCUCCAAACAUGGAUGUAUUUGAAGCAGAGUUUGGUGCUGUUACUGUAACUGGAGCAGAGGGGUGGUGUGCUCAGCAAGGAGAAACUAGCUUAGAUUCUAGAGCAGAUGCAGAGAAGGAUGAUGAGUCUGAUUCAGUUGACACUGAUAUGCCACCACCAAGAGAAGGAACCAGUAGUGCUGGAUGUUCAAAGUCAAAAAGAAAGCGUAAGGAAGUUGAUCAAGAGCCUUAUGUUGUACGGAAUGCAAUUCUGGCUGAAAAAAAUAAGAUAGCUGAGAAGAUGGUGGAGAUAAUGGCAGAGGAUCGUGUGUUGUUGCAGCAGGAUCGCAAAUUCCGUAUAGACUCAGUGUUGGAGAUACUUUAUAAGCUGCCUGGAGUAAUAAUGUGGUCACCAUUUCACAUUGGUGCACUUAACCAUCUCAAAGCUAAUGAAGGAAACAGAAUGGCUUUUAUGUCUUUCCCUAGUGAUGAUGAUAAGAUUAGCUAUCUUGAGAAUAUGAUUGGAGUUAAGAUGUAUGAAGGAUUGUAGUUUCUUUUUAAGCCUAUGACUUUUGUUAGUAAGAAUGUUUUAAUAUGACUCAGAUUGUAGUGUUUAAGCGUAUGACUUUUUAGUAAGACUGUUUUAAUAUUAUUCAGAUUGUAGUGUUUCUUUUAA